UUGCUCAGUAACAGGUCUCAUUUCUCACUGUGGAAAUAUUCCAGUGAUAGGUUCGAGUGCUCGGUCCAAUGACGCAGUCCAGUAACAAUAUAGUGAGGAACAUUGAUGUGUGAUUGUCGGUUUACCCCUUACAAAGUCAAACUCCGUGGUGGGAACUUAUUGAUUUUUUAGAAAUAUCUUGUUAGUGAAUUUAUCAUAUUUUUCAAAUCGUUUGAAUGUUUCUUCGUCUGGAAAAAGAUGCUAACUAUUGUAUGGUAUAGUCUUGGACUGAAUGAAAGUACCCACGUCCUGUUCAGCAUCAUUUUUAUUUGCGUGUGUCUUAUUUGGGGUAGUCUAAAAUGGCAGAACUAUCAUUUUGAGAAACUUGCUGCAACUUUUCCUGGGCCUAAAUCUUUGCCUUUCAUUGGUAAUGCACUCGAGUUAAUAGACAAUAACCCAGAGGAUAUUCUAUGGAACCUGCGUAAUCUUAGUAAAACAUACAAGUCACCAUUCAGAUUGUGGCUUGGAGGAAAACUGUGCGUGUUCAUCACAAAACCAGAGGAUCUUCAGAUUAUUUUCAACAGUCCCAAAACCUUAGAAAAAGAUGCAUUGUACGGCUUCCUUGAAAAAGCAGUGGGUACUGGACUGGGUACCGCGCCAGUCACUAAAUGGAAGAGAACCCGGAAAGCGUUGGCUCCUUAUUUUUCUCCCAAAAUUCUAACCAGUUUCGUGCCUGUCAUGAAUGAAAGAGCAAACAUCAUCGUCCAAAACAUUCAAUGCCAUUGUGGAACGGGUGCUGAGGUAGAUAUUUUUCCGUACUUUAUGCCGGCUGCAUUGGAUACAGUCUGCGAAUCGGCUUUUGGAGUCAAAAUCAAUACUCAGCUGGGUCAGAAUUCAAGUUUCUCUGAGUCUCUGUUCCGGGUGAGCGAGCUUCUAGCGGCACGAUUGUAUAAACCCUGGCUUCAUAUGGACUGGAUCUACGAGAAAACAAGCUAUGCAAAGGAAUUGAACAUUGAGUGCGAGGCUGUGCGUCGGUUUGUCUAUAAUGUUAUUCAAGAAAGGAGAAAGACAAUUAGGAAGACGAACUCUUCUUCAGACCAAACUCCUGUUACUAAUGCCAACAUACAUAGCAAUCUCAGUUCGAGGUAUUUAUUAGAUGCAAUGUAUGGUUCUCACGAAAAUGGCUCUUUCAGUUUUUCAAGCCGAGACAUGAUAGAUGAGGCACUUACAUUUUUAUUCGCGGGCAGUGAAUCGACUGCACUGACGAAUUGCUUUUGUCUGCUAAUGCUUGCAAUGCACCCAGAAAUUCAGGAAAAAGUUUUUAAGGAACAGUACGGUAUUUUUGGGAAUGAAAACAGACCUGUUACAACUGAGGAUAUAGAUAAGAUGGAAUAUACUGAGCAAGUUAUCAAAGAGACUCUUCGUCUGUUUCCAACACUACCUUUCAUUCUCAGAUCAAUAGAAGAAGACAUUAAAAUAACACAAGAACAUAUUCUGCCAGCAGGUUCAACGGCAGUGAUUGCGCCAUUACUGACUCAUUAUGAUUCAACACUUUGGAAACAACCGAAGCAAUUCAAUCCAGAAAAUUUUUCAACCGAGAAUGUGGAGAGGAGACACAAGUAUUCAUUCAUAGCUUUUAGCGGUGGUGCAAGAGGAUGUAUCGGUACCAAGUAUGGAAUGAUGGCCAUGAAGACGACGAUAUCAAUUUUCAUUCGUCAUUUCACCGUGUCCACGAUUAUUGGAUUGAAAAAUAUUAAACUAACUGCCGACCUGUUACUUAGAAACAAACACGGAUGGAUCAUGAAGCUGGAACCAAGAGUGUACAAAAAAUCCAGACAGAGGAGUUAAAAUCAUUAUUUUCAAGUCCCCAUUGGACAGAAACAUUUCCACAGGGAAACGCAUGAUAAAAUAAAUACGCGAGAUCCUUCGACUUUCGUCAGGAACGCAUUUACGAUGGAAAAUAUAUUUGGAAGCUCAUUGAAUAAUAAACUUUCCGCUCGAUUGCUGAAGCUGAGCCAAAAAUAAGUUCACGUAUCCAAUUUCUUUACAAAUAAUAUUCUGAGAUGCAUUCUACUGAAAGUAACUGAUCUUCCAUUUUUAUUUUAUUUAUAUAUUAUGUAUUUUUAUAAUGUUCGUAUACUGACAUUGUGACAAUAAAGCAUAAUUUAGUUUUCUGGUCGAAA